UUUUAAAGACAACCACACCUAAGAAGUUUACAUGAUGUUCCUUUACCAGAAUCUUCAAUCCAACGGUUUACCAACCACGCUGGCGAGUUUGCAGAGCACUAUGGUUGUAGCGAUCCUCGCUAUAAUUCACACCAAGCCACCGCUUUCAACCCACCGCUUUCAACCCACUUCACUACAUUCCAAAGAAUUAUAGCUCAAUAACACGAUUAAGAAAGACUUACAUCUUGGAAGUUGAGUAUUCCAACACUCAUUGAUGUCAAAUUUUCUCGAAUCAAUGCGGAGAACAGCGUGGGUUGCGUAACCAGUUUCCGCCAGUGUUUUGGUGGGGGAGCGGCGUGUUCCGUCACUAUUUGCGUCUGACAGCCAGCUGCAUGUAUUCGUUGUCUUCACGAGUCGACUCAACGCGAGCGAACGUGUGGCCAGAAAACUUCAGGGCAGCCGGUGCUAGGACCCCGCCAUUUUUAUGGGCCCCUCCUCUUUCACCGCGCCCUCCAUUUUCUCUUCUCCUCGUUCCCUCAAUCCCAUCACGAAUCCCAAUCUCUCUCAUCCAAACCAACCUCAUCAUAUCCUUCAGAAUGACUUCCGAGCAGACUUUCAUUGCCAUCAAGCCCGACGGUGUCCAGCGUGGACUCGUUGGCCCCAUCAUCAGCCGCUUCGAGCAGCGUGGCUUCAAGCUUGCCGCCAUCAAGCUCACCACCCCCGGCAAGGCCCACCUUGAGCAGCACUACGCCGAUCUCGCCGGCAAGUCUUUCUUCCCUGGAUUGAUCGAGUACAUGAACUCGGGCCCCAUCUGCGCCAUGGUCUGGGAGGGCCGUGAUGCCGUCAAGACCGGACGUGUCCUUCUUGGUGCCACCAACCCCCUGGCUUCCGCUCCCGGAACCAUCCGUGGUGACUUCGCCAUCGAUGUCGGCCGCAACGUCUGCCACGGUUCCGACUCUGUCGAGAACGCGCAGAAAGAGAUUGCCCUGUGGUUCGGCAAGGACGAGGUCGUCAGCUACCGCCAGGCCAGCCACGACUGGGUCUACGAGAAGUAAAUGCUUGGCAUAAUUACUUCCUUCACCUAAACCAUCUUAUAAAAAUUGUUCUCCUCUGUUCUCUUCUUUUCUUGAUGCUUGAUGCCGGAGGAUUGGAGUAGGGGCUUAGCAGCAAUGGGGGUGAUAUGAUUGUAGAAAUAAAUACCUACGUGUUGUGGAUCAAUCUCAAUCUGAUCUCGUG